UCCGAGCAGAGAACUUGACCGACACAAGGCUACGCGAGCACGGGCAAGGACAUCCGGAACAUGUCCCGUUUCGAUUCUGGUGGACAUCGGGGGCACAGUAUUUCCUUGAUUUUCUGAGGAGUUUUAGCUUUUUAGAAAGCUGCCGGUAGAAGGAGUCGAUUAAGGUGGUGAAGUGUGUGUGAGUGGCGAGGAUUAUCCGGACGUCAAGAAGAGAGCAUCGAAGCUUUGGCAACUAAAUCAUGGUGUUGUUAGAGCCCAAGAGUCGACGUGAGUGAGAAGAGGUUAGUGAUUUGUGGAACGGAACGGAUUAAGGAGCUUAAACGAGGAGUGAUAAUAGCUGUGCCUUGAGGCUGGCUGGCUGGUGAGAAAGAGUGGGGGUCGUGCUGGAGGAGAAUUUAUUCCGCAAAUUAGUGUACCGGAAGGAUAUUGUUACUGAUGGUGGAGGUGAAAUUGAGGCUAAAGUGGUGAAGCGUGGUGAUUAGGAUGUUCGAACAACGAAGUUACUACGUGUCAACGAUGAGCAUGUUGGUGUUCUAGAGCCGCAAACAUGGACCAUGGAAUGGCCGCCGGUAGUAAUAGAAGCAAUUAACGUCAACCAACCAACAGAAGAAGCAGAAGAGGAAGAAGACGUCGUCCCCAUCGGUAGUGGUAGUGACGGUGACGACGGAGCAACAACAUGAUCGAUAACAUCAUGACGCGUGACAGCGAAAUACCGGCCAUUUUCAACCCGAAACGUGUUCGCGCCCCCUCCGUCGUUGUGACAGGAGACUCGCCAAACGGACCCUUCGGUGGGUUCACCAACAAUGUGCCACAGAUCACGCACUCGGACUCGGUGACCUCGAGCCAGCACGACGGCCAGGACAGCCUGAUCGGGGUGACCGUGACGGGGAUGGGUUGCGACACGCCCACCUCCGGCCACGGCGGAGUCCUCGGGCUGGGUAGUCUCGGGUUGGGAGGCGGGGGCGGAGGCGGCUUGAUGGGCAACAGCAGCGGUGGCAGCGGACCAGGUGGUGGCGCCGGAGCCGUGCCGGGAACUCCGACGCCACCGACGUCCCGGCUGAAGGCGUGCCGCGCUUCGUGCUGCUCGGAACUGGCCCAGAAGAUGUACUUCGGGGUGUGCGUCACGAUCCUGGUGACGGCGUCGUGGGUCGGAGCGACGCACUGCAUCAAGUUUUUGUACCUCCGGCGGAACGCGUACGCGUCGACGUUGCCACCCCAUCUGACGGCGUUCAUCACGGACAGUGAGAGCAUCUUGACGGUAGCGGCAGCCGAUGCACCGGUCGGGCACAACCCGCUGAACUCGUCCUCGGCGAUGAUCGUGCACGGGUUCGGUCCGACGACGUCGUUUAUGCCGUCUACGACGAAGCCGAUUGUGACGUCGGACCGGGUGGUUCCGCUGAAUCCGGGUCAUAUCUUUAACGCACCGUUUUUUGCUUCUUGGUUCUGCACGAACUUUGCCAUUCUGUUCUUCCCGAUCUACAUUCUGGGACGGGUGGCGAUCAAGAAGUGUGACGGAACGGGCGAAGUUCUGGGCGAGAUCCUGCGGGGUUUCCGGGAUCGGGGCUUCACGAUUGGACGGUUUCUGAACAGGUGCCUGACGUUCUGCAUCCUGUGGCUGCUGACGACGUAUCUGUAUGCGCUGUCGCUGAAGGCCCUGCUGGCCACGGACGUGAUGGCACUGUUUGCGACGAACGUGGCCUGUGUGUACCUGCUGGCGUGGGUCAUCUUGCAGGAGCAGUUUGUCGGAGUUAGGAUCGUAGCUGUCAUUCUAUGCGACACGGGGAUUGCGCUGCUGGCCUACAUGGACGGAAUUACGGGUAGCCCAACGCUGGGUGGAGUCGUGCUGGCAGCACUGGCCGCUGCCGGGUACGCCGUGUUUAAGGUGAUGUUCCGCAAGGUGAUGGGUGACCCACCGGUCGGCCAAAUUGCGUUCACCUUCUCCAUCAUUGGCUUCCUGAACGCGGCCAUUCUGUGGCCAGUGUGCAUCGCGCUGUACUUUACCGGGGCAGAAGUGAUGCCCUGGGAGCCGCUGCCGUGGAUCGUGCUGCUAAUGGCCAGCAUACUUCUGCUAGUUUUCCACAUCUUGACGCAGUUUAGCAGCGCCGUUACGUACAACAUGUUCGUUACAUUAGGUUUAAUCACGGCAGUGCCAGUGUCAGCAGCGCUAGACAUCGUGCUGUACGGUGCGCACUUUGCCGGAAUGAAGCUGGCGGGUAUUAUAUUAAUAGCCGUCGGCUUCUUCCUGGUCAUGUUCCCCGACAACUGGCCCGACUACAUAACCCGGCUGCUCAGAAAAACUGGUCGUGCAUUGCUAAGAAACCAAUGUUGUUACGAUUCCGCUGAUAAUGAUUACGAAAAUUCGAAAUAUCAUCUUGUUGGGUCACAACGCGAGUUAGAGUAGCAUUCUUUUAGAACCUAAAGCAAACAUAAUUAAGACAAAAUGCGACGCGACAAAAGCUUUGCCCGUGUGGGGAGCUUUUAAUUGUCAGCGAAAAAAUAAUAAACAAACGAACCUGAAAAACGACUCUCGUAAAAGUUUGCGAGCUUAGCAAGAGAGGCUGCUGGAGCUGCGAUAAGCAGCGUACACAGACGCACACAAAUACAUUCACACACAGAGCAAACAACCACUCGAAAGCUCCCAGCCCCAUGUUUUUUUCUGCGUCAGCUGCUUUCAGAUUUUAGUUUUUUUUUUGUAUUUGCUUAGCAAACACAAACACACCAUUACACAUUUUCCCAUAUUAAAAAACGCAUCAACUCAUUUUGUCGCAUAGGGAUAAAUUACACUGUUUCGUGGGAGUUGGAAGCUUCAUUGUGUAAAAUUGUCAAAGAUUCAAAUGAAUUCUUGAUAAAAGAUUAUUUUUCCAGCAGUUCUGAUCAAUUUCAUGUCGAAGUGUAGCGAAAACUGAUAUAACUGACACGUUCAUAAAAAAAACUUAUUUGACCGUUAUUUUUACUCACAUUUUGACUAUUCCGAACUAACUUACGAAUGAGUUCUGAACAUUUUCUCCUUUUUCAGUUUUAAUAGGUUAUUAAUAAGUUUUGAUGAGUGUGUAAAAAGAAGAUUAUUUUGCCGAACUUUACCCAGCUGCAUACCGUCAAAUUAGUUUUAAUUUCGACCAUUUCAUAGGGAUAUUUUUUGAGUUGAUUUGAAAUUUUGUGAACCUGAGUGAAUAAAAAUCCUUU